AUUACAAUAUUUGACGCAAUUCCAAUUCAGAGCAAAUAUGCUUUGUUAGUAUCCCCUGGUUAGCCGUAGGCAAACAUGUCAAAUAUAUUAUCUCUUUCAACCUCAUAUAUAUAAAAUUCGUAAUUUUUGGUUGCGAGAGAAUACAUCUGUGUCCAUCAAAUUGUCCAGAAUGAAGGUUUUCAUGUUCAUGUCGCUUCUUGUGGUUGGUGUUGAUCUGGCCAAGCUUUGCAGUAAAGAAGCAAACGCACCUUGCAAAGAGGCGAAAAUGUCUUUUAAUGACAUGUUCUUAUCGGACAACUUCUGCAAUUUGUACCCGAGGUAUAGACCAUGCUUGAAGAGGACAAGGGAGACAUGCGCUGGGUAUUUUGUGUACUUCUACCAUCACAGGUGUCCGGUUCAUGUUACAACUAGUCAUAGCGAAAGCGAUUACCACCGAAAUGAGGUGACAUUGAUAAAUCAGCUGAUUAUUGCAAGUCUAAUUACAUUAUGUAAGCAUAUAUAGAUAAUGUAUGUAUGUAGUGUAUGUAUAUAUGUAUGCGUGUAUAUGUACGCACACAAUUAUAUAUGGA